AUGGUCCCAGUCCCAACCGUCAUCCGCAUCGAAGGUAGCGCCACGAUCAGCACCCUCGCCGAACGAGCGGCUCUGGUAGUCCAGAUCUCCGAUUCGGGAUACGACAAGGACCAGGUGUCCAAGAAUGUCCUCGACACGGUCACCAAUCUCCAAGCACAACUCGACAGUCUUUGUCCCCGCCUUGACAACGGAGAGGGAGAUAUCUCCCCGACGGCCCCCGUGAGCUUCUACUCCAUCUCGUCGCUGUCCACGUCGAGCCGGAACCAACGUGACGACGAUCCGGACGAUUACAGCUACGACGACAUCGGCCCCAGCGCCGCCAACAAACGCCCUCACAGAGAGGUCUUCACCGCCCGGACGAGCGUCGACAUCCGCUUCCGAGACUUUGUCAAGCUCGGCGAACUGGUCGCCCAGCUCUCGUCCACCCCCUACGUCAAUAUCACCGGUGUCACGUGGAAACUGACCGACGACACGCAAGACGCUCUGGCCGACCAGGCUCGCAUGAACGCCCUCCGUCAAACCAUCCGGCGCGCGAACAGUUAUGCCGAAGUCAUUGGCCGCACGGCCUCCGUCGUGCCCGUCAAGAUCGAGGAUGCCUCGCAGUACCGCCCCACUGGCCGCAUCAAGCAGACGGCGCGCAAGGCCGCUGCGCCCAUGUCUGUGGGUGGAGGCAUUGAUUUCGAACCGCAGACGAUGGACGUCACCGCUACGCUGGAUGUGGAGUUUCACGCAGAAUGA